AUGAAAUCCAAUCAAAAUAUAAUAAAUAAUAAUAUUGAUAAUAAUAAAAAGUGUACACUUCACCCAAACAAAGAUAUAAUAUUCUUUUGUUUAGAUUGUAAAUUAAUACCAUGUUGUAUUCAAUGUAUAUCAAGUAAAGGUGAACAUCAUGGUCAUAGAACUGAUCCAUUAGAAUCAACUUCAAAUAUUCUUUCAUUAAUGAAUAAUUUUAAAGAUGAUAUACAUCAAAAAGAAGGUAUAGCAUUCAAAGACAAUUGUAAUAUUUUAUCAGAAUUAAAAAAUAAAUUACCAUCACAUGUAAUGCUGUUGGACGGAUUCAAUCAAAAAUUAACACCAGGUAUAUUACCAAAUCGAGUUAAGUGCUUGUAUUUAGGUGAUAUUAAAAAAGAAUUAAUAAUUGGUUCAAUUCCUAAUACUGUAACUCUUGUCUCUUUAUUGAAUGGAUUUAAUCAAAAAUUAACACCAGGUAUAUUACCAGAUAGUGUUGAAUCCUUGAAUUUAGGCGAUAUUAAACAAGAAUUAAUAAUUGGUUCAAUUCCUAAUACUGUAACGAAUGUAUCUUUAAAAGAUGGAUUCAAUCAAAAAUUAACACCAGGUAUAUUACCAGAUGGUUUAGAAUCGUUGUGUUUAGGUGAUAUUAAACAAGAAUUAAUAAUUGGUUCAAUUCCUAAUACUGUAAAGAAAGUAAAAGUUUUCCAAAGUUUUAAACAUCAAAUUGAACCUUAUGUCUCAAAAAAUGUAAAAAUAAUUCAAUAA